UGAAGAGUGAGCUGUUCCCUCUGCACAUAGCGGACCUGCAGGCGUAUCAUCUGCUGGAGGAUCGUCAGCCCUCUGUCCAGUUCAGCCUCAGCCAGCUCAGAAAACACCACAGACUGCUGGAGACUGAGAUCAGCAGGAAAAGGAAGGAGUGUGAAGUUCUCGAAGAGGAGGUGAAGAAAAAGAGCCAGUCAUGUCAAACCUUGGAGAGUGAGCUCCAGAAUGUUCUGCAGGGAAAAACACGUUUAAAUGUCCAGUUGUUCGCUGAUACCCAGAAGACUGCAGAGUAUGAGCAGGUGCAGAGUGAGUAUGAGCGUUUGCGGGCCGCUCUGUGUGCUGUGACUGUGGAGAGAGAUUGUGCUCUGUGGGAGAGGACUCAGCUCCAAGGCAAACUGGAGAACCUAGAGCAGGUGCUGAAGCAUAUGCGUGAGGCUGCGGAGAGGAGGCAGCAGUUAGAGUUGGAGCAUGAGCAGGCCCUGGCCGUCCUUAGUGCCAAGCAGCAGGAGAUCGACCUUCUGCAGAAGGCUCAGGUUGAGGCCAAAAAGGAACAUGAAGGUGCCGUCCAUUUGUUAGAGAAUCACUUGGACAGCAUGCAGGCUAAAGUGAGGGAGCUGGAGGAGAGAUGCCGGACUCAGAGUGAGCAGUUUAAUCUGCUCUCUAAAGAGCUGGAGAAGUUCAGACUUCAGGCCGGAAAGUUUGACAUCCUGAGCUCCAGCCAGCUGUCAGGGGGUGACUCACCCGGCUCUCCCACCAAAACCCCCUCGCUCUCCCAGCUCCUCAAUGGCCUGGCGGCCCCCGCGGGGAAGGGUAAUGAAGGUUCCCUGAGCAAGUCUGUGAUUUCGGAGUUCAUCCGGCCUCUACAGAUGAGCGGGGGGGAGAAGGCGGAGCUUCUGUCCGUCAAACCCAGCUUCCUGUCCCGGAGCACGCCGUCCAGCCCCCGCCGGGCCUUCCUCUCUGAGGUCCGUCCCGUCAUCGCUGCUGCUAUGGACAAAGAGCUCAACCUGUCCCCCCGCGCUAAGCCUAGGUUCACAGGCAAAGUCAGACUGUGCGUUGCCCGCUAUAAUUACAAUCCAUACGAUGGCCCCAAUGAGCACCCAGAGGCAGAGCUCCCCCUGGUGGCUGGGAAGUAUCUCUACAUUUACGGGACCAUGGAUGAGGACGGCUUUUAUGAAGGGGAGCUGUUGGACGGCCAGCAGGGCCUCGUCCCCUCCAACUUUGUGGACUUUGUCCAGGACGAGGACCCUCUCUCCACUUCACUGUCGGAGCGCCUGAAAGAAUCGUCCUACCUCAACCACAGCCCAGCCUCUCUGGGCAGCAGCAGCGCCGUAAGCACACUAAGCACUCUGCUGUCCGAGAAGCUGGAGGCUUUAGGCUCCUGCACAGGCACGGGAACCAGCAGCAGCAGUGGAGUUAGCAGUCUGGGGCCUAGCUUGGGGUCUACUUUGGGCUUAGGCCUAGGCUUAGGCCUGGGUCACCACAGCCUGGGCUCAGGGGACCCUCUGGGACCCUGCAGUAAUGGCUCUGGUACUGCCACUCUAGACCUUAGCAUUGAUGAAAUUGGAGAAGACGUAGUGCCUUACCCCCGCCGCAUCACUCUCAUCAAGCAGUUAGCCAAGAGCGUGAUCGUGAGCUGGGAUCCUCCGGUGGUGCCGCCUGGUUGGGGGUCCAUAAGCGGCUAUAACGUUCUGGUAGACCAGGAGGUGCGCAUGAGCGUGCCGUUCGGCACCCGCACCAAGUCGCUAAUUGAGAAGCUCAACCUAGCCACCUGUGCCCACCGCAUUUCGGUGCAGAGCGUGACAGACCGUGGCCCCUCAGACCCCCUGCGCUGCACCCUGCUGGUGGGGAAGGAUGUGGUGGUGGCGCCGCACUGCCUGCGCGUGGACAACGUGACCCAAACCUCAGCCGAGCUGUCCUGGAUGCCCAGCAACAGCAACUACAGCCACGCCAUCUUCCUCAACGACGCAGAAUACGACGUGGUCAAGCCGGGCAGCUAUAGGUACCGCUUCUACAACCUGAAGUCCGUGACCAUGUACAAGGUGCGGGUUGUGGCCAAGCCUCACCAGAUGCCCUGGCAGCUGCCACUAGAGCAGAGGGAGAAGAGGGAGAUCUCAGUGGAGUUCUGCACACAGGCUGCUGGCCCCCCCUUCCCACCACAGGAUGUCCAGGUGCAGAGUGAUCCAUCUCCAGGUGUCCUGCAGGUGCGCUGGAAGCCCCCCCUUCUCACCCCCAGCGGCACCUCCAAUGGAGCCAGCGUCAUCGGUUACGUGGUCUGCACCAAAGGUCAAAAGAUAGCGGAGGCGAUGUACCCCACAGCGGAAUACGUGACAGUGGAGGUGAACCGUAUUCAGUGUCUGGAGGCGCGUGAGGUGGUGGUCCGGACCAUCUCAGCACAAGGCGAGUCUCAGGACUCCAAUGCUGCUGCCAUUCCACACAACCUGCUGGCGGCUCCGCCCCACUCUCGCCCGCCUCCGCACCCCCAGCCACACCCACCGCCUCCCCCUUACCCACAGAGCUACCCUCCGACCCACCCUCAACCGCACCUCCAGCAGCCCGUAUCCCACCCCGUCCUGCACCCGCCGCCUCUUCACCCCCAACACCCGCACCCUCCUCCUCCACCCCCUCCACAACACCCCCACAUCCACCCUCCAUCCUCCCCCCACUCCAUCCCCAAACACAAACUCCUACCAAGUGCCAGAGACCCCCAUGCCAAAGAGCCUGAGCUGGCCCGGAGGCCCUGGGACCCUCACCCCCGGGCCCCUUCGCCCCUACCCCCUCCUACUCCUGGGGGCCACGGCCUGGAGCCUCCUCCGCACCCGGAGGGCCGGCGCUCACCGUCGCCCCAGAGGAUCCUGCCACAGCCUCAGGGAGCCCCCAUCCCCAACACAGUGGCCCGCGCUAUGGCCCGGCAGGCCGCCCAGAGAAACAGCUCCAACAACAGGACGGAGAGGAGGAACAUCUUCAGCGAGAGGAGUAAUGCCCUUCACUCCCUCAACUCCGAUGAGGAAGAGGAUGGUUACGACUCGCCCCACGCCAGACGGAGAGGAGCCUCAGUGGACGAGUUUCUCAGGGGUUCAGAACUGGGCAGACAUCACCACCACUACAGUCACAGUGAGGAGUAUUACACUGAGAGUAGCCGUGGUUCUGACCUGUCUGAUAUAAUGGAGGAGGAUGAGGAGGAGUUGUAUUCGGAGAUGCAGCUGGAGGAAGGGCGCCGCCGCAGCAUCAACUCACACAACACGCUCAAGGCGUACUACAGGCGGCAGGACCUAGCCGGGGUGGACGAGCAGGACAGCUGGGACUUGCAGCGGGAGGUGGUCCGCCAGCGCUCCCUUCGCUCCCACAAGCGCCUCCACAGCAUCCCGGAGGUGGCUGAGGAGGAGCUGCCGGACACCGGGUCGGAUGUCAUGGGUCAGCGGCUUCGCUUUGAGGAGGCCCGGCCUGGGACGUCCAGGGUCUACCAGCAGGACCAGCAGCAGCAGCAACAGCAGCAGGUUGACCACCUUUCUCCAGGCAAGGGUGUCCGAAGGUUGCAAAGACAGCGCUCUUCCCCUCGCUACACAUCCUUGGAGGGUUCUUUAGGUCCUGGGGGUCCUGGGAGUCCCAGGGGUCCCGGCUGGAGCAGCAGCAGCAGCAGGCAAACCACCAAAAGCCCAGACAGUGGCCUGGACUGUGGAAGUGAGGAAGAAGGCUCGUUGGGGUACCGUGGAAGCUACCACUACCAUUACCAUAGCAGCCCUCUGAGGGUGGGGUCCGGACCCAACAUGCGCAUCAUCCACAGCGAGGGUCCCGUGGAAAGACGGGCGCUGGCCGCCGGCAGGAAAAGGACGCUGACCCGGCAGUCCAGCGUGGAGGAGGACUUCCUGGACGCGGCUGAGCUGAGGAGCCACUACUAUCGGCCGCAUCAUCACCUUCACCAUCAUCACCUUCUUCUUCGUCACCCGCAGCGAAGGUUCCGGAGCGAGGGCAGGCUGACUGAGGUUGGCAGGAGCUAUAGCAGGGACAUUAGGGCCCACUCUGUGGCCAGACUCAACAGGGCUGUGGAUGAACCUCUGAUUUUAGGGAACUCCCCCCCGACGGGACGCUCGGAUCGACUGGACCAGUCUGGCCGUAGGACGAGUCAUGGCUGUCCGCCCCCCCAGAGAAGGCCUAUGAUGGUUCCUUCCAUUGAGAUCACCAUGGAGAAUAACAGUGAGGGGAGUGAGGGGAACCUCUCACCCAAGGACGAUGUUUACUAUGGCAGUGUAGCUCACCGCAGGAAAUGGCCGGCACAGCGCUCAGAGCACCGAUAUGAUGGCUAUGGUGGACGGGACAGGCGCUCUCCAGACUAUUUCGAGGAAUCUGAACUGGAUGACCUGCCGCGGAUUUUUGUGGCGCUGUUUGACUAUGACCCCCUGUCCAUGUCACCCAACCCUGACGCUGCAGUUGAGGAGCUGCCUUUUAAAGAGGGCCAGAUUAUAAAGGUGUUUGGGGAAAAGGACACGGACGGUUUCUACAGGGCUGAAAUCUGUGGCCGGCGGGGGCUCAUCCCCUGUAACAUGGUCUCAGAGAUCCAGACUGAGGAUGACGAGAUGAUGGAGCAGCUCCUCAAACAGGGCUUCCUUCCACUUAACACGCCUGUCGAAAAAAUAGUGAAUUGCGAUAGGUUCAAAGACGGCCGCUCGCUAAACCGCAGGUCUCGGAAAUCCAAGAGAGAGAGGAACAGGAGGAGCGGAAGGCACCCGGUGUCCACCCAUCGGAUGGUGGCUCUGUACGACUACGACCCCAGGGAAAGCUCUCCUAACGUAGAUGUGGAGGCCCACUAUGAGGGCAUCAGACUGAGUGAUGAGGCUGAGCUGACCUUCUGUGCUGGGGAUGUGAUAACGGUGUUUGGGGAAAUCGAUGAAGAUGGGUUUUAUUAUGGAGAGUUGAAUGGACACAAAGGCCUGGUGCCCUCUAACUUUCUGGAAGAAGUGCCUGAUGAUGUGGAGGUUUACCUCACAGAGCCCCCCAGCCGGCAUCCCCAGGACCACCCUGGCCGGACAAAGACCAAAAGGGUUCCCGUGGAAAAAGCGGGGGGCUCUCCGAGACGAAGCGCCACACACACAGUGCGGCCCCAGGGGCCCGGAAGCCCCGCCCCACGACGGCCCCAAACCAUCCCUAAGAAACAAGGAUUGCUCUCCAGAGGAAAGAAACUGUUGAAAAGGUUCGGUGCUGUGAAAUAGGGUUCAGUGCUCCGCCUCCUUCCAUUCCGGUUAACGGUGUAUAGACUGUAGACCCAGUCUGGCAAAGCGAGGGGACAAAAUCAAAGAAACACCCUCCCAUCUUUCUUCCAUUUCUGUUAACCUCUUGAACCCUAGGCUUAUUUAGACUCCUUAUUAUUCCAUGAAGUCUAUACGUUUUUCAGCAAAUAUGAACGUUCUGUGUUGUGGGCCCCAGAUUUGGGUCCAGUGAGGGGGACCAACAUUGAAAGGCUGUAGUCUACAUACAGUACUAUCGCCACAUAAGGUGCAGAUUUCAUGUGUAAGUCUAGGUAAGUAAAGUACGAGUUACCAUAUUCACGUUUCAAUAGUAAAACACAAAAUCAAGCAGCAUUAUAAACAGGAGUGACAUGUGGAUGUAGUGUAGAUAGAUUAACUUUACAUGAUAAUUAUGCCAUGAAGCUGUUAUACUGCAUUAAAUUGAAGCUCACAACUUGGAAUUUCCCACCUCCAACUAAGAAAAAUAAAAGAAAACGCUCCCUCAGCUGUGAAUUCCUGCUCGGAAAGUGCUCCAACCUCAGCGUAUGAAGUCAAAGCAACAUGGCUGCUUACAUCGUCAAUGGUAAUAAAGAACCACUUCUGCUGCUUUAAAUAAUAUUCGUUUUAGAUCACUCAACAUGUGACCACAGUAGUAGGUUCAAAUAUAACAUUGACCAUAAAGUUCAGUUUGAGAAGGUAAAUACAUCAUGACUGUGUAAGUUAUCACUCAUGUCACUAACGUUAGCUGGCUAGCUUGUUGCUAACAGCAGGUUGAAAAUGACACAAUUCCAAGCUUCGUUUCCCACUUCCGAGCAAAGCUGAAUACAGCAUUAUGCCACCUGGUGCACUAAGUGCUGCUGCACACCGACAGAGACUUUUAUUUGGCACAGCUCAGUAGGCAGUGCCUUUUCAUUUUAGCUUGUAAUGAAAAUGCAGCAUGACUGGUGUGGGAAGUUUAAAGGUGCAGUGUGUAAGAUUGGGGGAACUAUUAGCACAAAUGGAACAUAUUAUAUAAAACCGUGUUUUCAUUACUGUACAACCACCUGUAAAUCACCUAUUAGUACGAAUCAUUAUGUUUUCGUUAGCUUAGAAUGAUCCUCUUCCAACAAAAGCUGCCGUGUUUCUACAGUAGCCCAGAAUGGACAAACUAAACACCGGCUCUGAAGUGGCUGCCGGUAAUGGCUAAUUAUGUGUUGUGAGAAUUUUGACAAAUGGAGGAUCAUGUUGUUUAGCACAAGAAGAAGCAAGGAAUGGUGAAUCCUUGAAGUGAAAACAUGAUGGCAACCAGAGGUUCUACUACACACUUGGAAAGGGAGGGGUGAGGGAGGGGUAUUCAGUUGGUUGCAAACUGCAGCCUCACUGCUAGAUGCCAUUAAAUCUCACACACUGCACCUUUAAUGGAAAAUAUUAUCAAUAAUAUAAGCCAUGUACGUUUUUUCAACAACCAGAAAACUGUAAAAAAGUUGGAGGGACAUGUUGCCCUUGGUCCCCCUCUCUUAAUUUGCACCAGUGGUGGGCCCACAUGCAGACCCUUAGGGUUUAAGGGGUUAAUUUAAGGUUCAUUUUUGGCAUUGAAAUGGAAAAGAAGAAAAGGAAAAUGGUGGAAACUGGGGUUUUCAUGACCACAGGCCAAACUAGUCGAUUCUUAUACCUCGUUUUCUGUUUGCGUGUCCUCUACCGCAAACACAGAGACGCUACAAAACGCUACAGAACCUCUCAGUCUUGAAUGUACAGUCAUGAGUAUGGAGUUGGGAGAGACUUUUCUCUGGGAUUGUGAGCUCUGGCUUUGAUCACAUGAUCUUUAUUAUGCAGUAUGACGAUAGCAGUAACGAAUCUCAAAACAUUUUCUAUGAUCAGAACCUAAAAAACGCUUUUAGCACAUUACACGGCAUCCAAAGGCCUCAAGAUGGGAGAACGCUACAACUUGAUAUUAGCACAAGUUAUUACGGGUUUAGCACAAGUAACAGGUGGGUUUUGGAAGCACUGUGGAUAGAAUAUGUAUGGAUUUCCCUACACGGAGGGAAAAAAAUGAAAUACUAAUGCACCCUGCCACUUUUGACUAGUUUCCCAGUUUUGGGUGGUCAUGAAAUUCCUAGUGGGGCUCAGCCCCCUCAUAUUUGCCUUAUAAAAUGCACAGUGGUUUGUGUGGCGGCCAGUCGGGCGGGUGAAAUUUGUCUCGUUUGUACUGUGUGCGUUCGUGUCAAUGCUUUCUGUUCAUGCAAACAUACUAAAAAAACUGUUUCAGUGUUGUGCUGCUUACUGCAAAAACCUCACAAAGAGUCGAAGGCUGGAGGUUUGGAGGGGAAAGGGGUGGGAUUCAUGCCUCUAAUAUGUAAAUCAGACCAAACUAUUGAUUUCCAAGCCAAUCAGGGGGGGAUAAUUUGAAUCUUUCGCAGUUGUAAUUUUUCUCCAAAAUGUAAUGCUAGCAUUAGCAUCAAGCUUUUUUUCUGUAGAACUGAUGUGACGUUCUGUGCUGAUGAACGACUAAGUCAUUUCUGUUGACUUUCCCAGAAGACAUUAGAGUUGUGAAUGUAAGGCCCAGAGGCAUUUCCAACCUCUCAGAGCUACCAUGUCAGGAUGGGAUAACUAGGUACUCGUGCUUGUACUGUAUUUCCUCCUUCUCUCUCUCUCUCUCUCUCUCUCUCUCUCUCUCUCUCUCUCUCUCUCUUUCUCUCUCUCUCUCUCGCUCUCUCUCUCUUCUAAAAGAAUAAUUCCCACUCUCUUUUUCUCUUCCUCAUUCCAUCGUUUCAUUUUGCACUUUGUCUGAACGAAGAUUCUAACAUAAGUGUUUGGAGUGAGACUGCCAAAAAAAAAAGGAAUGUAUGAAACAUUCUGUAUAUCUUGUACAAUUUUCAG